UUGAAUCGGCUCGAGCAUACCGUCCAGUCCAAGCUUAUGUGGUGACCUGUCUCUCCUCACGCCUCAACGUAGCUCGAGUCAGCCUUGCACUACACUCUGAGUUGUCUCUUGUACUACUGUACAUCUCCAAAGCACAUCAGAGCUCCGCCACUGCGGCUGAACUCCAAUCGAACAGUCUCAUUCGGCCUCAGCGAUCGGCGGCGAUCCGAGGAUGAGGCAAAGCGCCGCCGCUGUGGUCCAAUGCCCGAGAUGUGCUCCUACAGGCGGCCAAAGUCCUCCAAAUUCGGGCCGAGGCGCGAAUAGAGGAGUACAGUAAAGCACAUGAUCACAAACGAAUGCGUGCUCGUCACAGUCGUGCGUGCAGCGAAAAGAGGGGUUCUCUGCGAGAAGAGGGACGCUGCAGGUGCGGACGAGGAAGGACUGGAGCAGGAAAAGCAUCGAAGAUGGCGCGGCAUCGUGAUUGGCUGCGGCGUCGACGAAUAAUGACGAAACUGGCCGCGAACCUGAUCCCAGCCCCAGCCCGCCCUCCCGCGUCUCCUCACAUCCGCUCUAUCACCGUGCAGACCACUCCCGAUCGUGCGCGGUAUUCGAGCAUAUACGGCCCAGCAAGUGCUGAACUAUUGUCGCGGCGACACCAGCGACGCAUCGGACGGCCAGCUGCCCGCCAGCCAAUCCCGUCGAUUGCGCAAGCGACCUGCUCUACUUUGGAAAGCGGCGCACCCAACCACCUCCAGCUCCGUGAGAGAUACCGCCCGGUCACAAGACUGCGGGGAGCCACCAUCAAUCACACCGAACGCCUGCACCCUCAGCGCGACGACGACCAUCUAUUCUUCCGCUCACUAUCUAUCGCGACAUCGACCGUGAAGCCUGCUUCGGCCCGCUGAAGGCUGCCUGCGUCACCGUCUGUUGCGCAGCAUCGCCGGAAAGCUACAUACAACCUCGAAGACGCGGCCAGACCGAACCAUCAAUUCCGCCAUCGCAUGAAUCAGCCUCCUGCGGUUCCGCGCUCG